AUGGCUCCUGUGCAAGUUGUCAACGUUUCCCUCCCCUCCUUGCCCUCUGGCUGGAGUGCGGACAAGGACUUCAAGGCUGUCGGUGCCCUGUCCGCUGCUGCCCAGCGCAACAUCGAGCCUGUUGGCCCGCACUUCCUGGCUCACGCCCGCAGGAAGCGCCACAACCGCACUUUCUCCGAGGAUGAGCGCAUUCAGGCCAAGCAGAACGUCAAGAAGACUGAGGAUGAGGAGGAUAUGGAGAUCUCCGAGGACGAGGACCCCAUGAUGCUUACUCGUGAGGCCAAGGACUGGAAGGCUCAGGACCACUACGCUGUUCUCGGUCUGUCCAAGUACCGCUGGCGUGCGACCCCGGAGCAGAUCAAGAAGGCCCACCGCAAGAAGGUCCUCCGCCACCACCCCGACAAGAAGGCCGCCAUGGGCCUGCGCGACGAGAACGACAGCUUCUUCAAGUGUAUCCAGAAGGCCACCGACCUGCUUCUGGACCCUGUCCGCCGCCGCCAGUUCGACUCCGUCGACGAGGCUGCCGAUGUUGAGCCCCCGACCAAGAAGGACAUCCAGAAGCGCAAUUUCUACAAGUGCUGGGGACCCGUUUUUGUCGCCGAGGGCCGUUUCUCCGUGAGACAGCCCGUCCCUGUUCUCGGCAACGAGGACAGCACCCAGGAGGAGGUCGAGACCUUCUACAACUUCUGGUAUAACAUUGACAGCUGGCGCACGUUCGAGUACCUUGACGAGGACGUUCCCGAUGAUGGCGAGAGCCGUGACCAGAAGCGUCAUGUUGAGAAGAAGAACGCCAACGCCCGCCGUAAGCGCAAGACCGAGGACACCACCCGUCUGCGCGGCCUGGUUGACGAGUGUCUGGCUGGCGACGAGCGUAUCAAGAAGUUCCGCCAGCAGGCCCGUGCCGGCAAGGAUGCCAAGCGCAAGGCCAAGGAGGACGAGGCCAAGCGUCUGCAGGAAGAGAAGGAGCGCGCCAAGGCUGAGGAGGAGCAGCGCAAGAAGGAUGCAGAGGAGGCUGCUAAGAACGAACGCGAGAAGAACAAGAAGGCCAAGGAGGCCGCUAAGAACGCCGCUAAGAAGAACAAGCGUGUUCUGAAGGGUUCCGUCAAGGACGUUAACUACUUCGCUGACGGCGAGGCCUCCGCUGCCCAGGUCGACUCCGUCCUGACUGACGUCGACGUCAUCAUGGGCAAGAUUGACACUGACGAGCUCGCUGCUCUGGCUGAGCGUCUGACCAUCGCUGGCAAGGACGGCGCUGCUGUCAAGGCUGCUUACGCUGCUGAGACCAAGCGUCUGGUUGACGCUGGCAAGCUGAAGGACGGCGAGGUCAAGGCCUUUGCUUAG